AUGCCAUCGUUAUUCCAGCAGGCCGAAGCAAACAGUACUGACAGGCCCUCUUUAACCAAGUACGGCCAUACUGCACCCGGCCCAGGCAGCGGAUUAGACGAGAAUCCUAACACUCGGUCCGCGAACCAGCUUCAGGGAGGGAAGAAGGCUGAGGCUGCUACCGGCCAGCAGGCUCGUACGAUGAAGGCGUCGAUGACGAAUGCGGCUAAGACGCGGAGCGGCGUUGGAGGAGAGGAGCAGAGUGGUAUUGAACACUUUGAGACGUAG